UUUUGUCGUUCUAAUUGUCCUUCGUCUUUGGAUAAUUGGAUUUGGGAUGGCCAGCUGACGGUGACAAUACCGAGCAAAGGAUGAUGCAGAGAACUUCGCUCCUCUGUUCUUCCAGUGCGUUCUCUUCCUUGGCCAGCCCUCCUUCAACUUCUCAUCGACAAGUUCUUCCAUUUCAGCUACCUCCUUCCUGUGUUCUUGGCGUCUCCAAAUGCAUCCAAUUCCCUUUCAAUCCGCCUGCAACUUCAACAAGACUACUUACUUUCCCAGCUUUGCACACCACUGCUAUUGACGAGAUUGUUGAAACGAGCGAUACUAGAUCAGGAUUUGUAGACAUUGGAUACAUCUCCAGUGUUCAUGGUCUUCAAGGGGAAAUUCGUGUGAAACCGAACACUGAUUUUCCUGAACUACGGUUUUCAAAACCUGGGAGAAGAUGGUUGAAGCAAAACGUUUCAGGUGGAGAAAUGAUUCAAGAAGUUGAACUGGAGGAAGGAAGAGAGCACCCUGGACAGAAGAGUUGGAUACUUAAAUUCAGAGGAAUUGACACUGUGGAGCAGGCUAAGAUGCUCAUUGGCUCUACCUUGCUUGUCACAAAAGAUGACAGGCCAGAGUUAGAGGAAGGUGAAUUCUACACGAAUGAUCUUGUUGGCAUGAAAGUUUUCAUGAAGGAGAGUGGUGAACCCUUGGGAACUGUCGUUAAUGUUUUCAAUAGUGGAGCCAAUGAUCUUCUGCAAGUUUUGCUUGAUCCGUCUUUUGAUAUCCUUGACAAAACCGGUAAGCCCAGGUCGGCAGAAGCAGAAGCCUCCAAUCAGCUUGUUUGGGUACCUUUUGUAGAAGCAAUCGUACCAGAUGUUGAUAUGAAAAGAGGAGAAAUGCAUGUUACGCCACCAAAGGGACUCCUAGAACUAAACUUACGAUCUGAUGAGAGAUCCAAAAAAGAAAGACGCCAACUUGAAUGGAAAGAAAGGAAGAAGUUUCAAAAGCGUCUCAUUGCUGCAAAAAAGAAACUGUGUGAAAUGGAGCAACAACAUGUAUUCCAUGGAUUUAGAUAUGGAGAGAAAGAACAAGGGAGAUUGCUUGCUGAUCAGAUUGUUUCUGUAAACUCUAUAUUGCUUCAGAAUGCUUUACAGCAUAUUGAGAAACCACCCAAGAGAUGGGAAGUAGCUGAGUUGGUUGGUAGUUUGGAUGUAAAGCUUGUAAGCACUAAACAAAUACCAAAGGAAUCUCUCUCCAGUGAAAGUAGAGAAAAAUUGGGCGAGAAUAUCACCAUGCAUGAGAAGGGACUUCAUCUCAUAUCUGGGGGCAAAAUGGCUAUUGUCCUGCUUUUAAAUGAAAAGGAGAACUGGGGUGGCAUUUGUGACCCUGAUACUACUUCAAAUGAAGCAACUGAGAUUUCAUCAGCUCCCCUCCUUCAGAAAUUACUCUCUGAUGAAAAUUUUGUAAAGGUGGAAGAUCGUGCUUCUGUGCCUUUAAUUUUGGUUUGCUCCACCCAAGAAAUUGUGUCUUUAAGAAAGCUGUUUUCAAGAAACAAUUACUUUGCAUUUGACUCUAAAAAGGUUUGGUUUUUGGAGGAAGAGAAGCUGCCAGUUGUUAGCAGUUUGCUGGAAGGACAGAGCAAGCAUAAAAUUUUAAUGAAGUCACCAUGGGAAAUACUCCAAUCUUCUGUUGGAUCCGGAGGAGUUAUCAGCUUGUUUUCAUCGCAUGGCAUAGUAGAUGAUCUUAGUAACAUGGGUGUUGAAUACAUUGAGAUAUGCUGCCCUAGUGAAAGAAAUGUCGGUGGCAACUCGCUUCUUCUUGGGUUCGUGAAUUCACGAGAAGCAAAUAUUGGGAUCCAAAUUUCUCCAACGGGGGGCGAUUCAGAUGAAAAUAUAGACAUCAUACUCUCAAUGGAAUUUAUGAAGGAGCUGAUGAAGCAGAUCAACAAUCUCCAAUUCAAUGCAAUCCCAAAGGCAAAUUCCUUUGUUGAGAAGGUUGACAAAGAUUGGGUUACUGUCACAUCCUCCACACCCAAUUCAUAUGAGUUUUGUUGUAGUAUUUAUAGUUCCUUGGACGUAUGCUCAUUAGAUAAGGUUUGUGUAAUGGAGGUUACAGAAUAGUUGAUAAAUAGUUUUGGUCUAUGAAUAGACUGUAAAGUCACUGAUGUAAAAUGUAACAGGUCGGAUCUAUCAGCCACAAGGGGAAAAAAAAAAAGUUCAUUUUAUUGGUCAAAUUCAAAUAUGCUAA